AUGGAGGAGGCUGAGAGACGCGGCGUGGUGGUGCUCAUCACGGAAAGGAUGUCAGAAUCCGUCGACAUCUUGGCGCAUCUCAUGCAAUGGGACAUGGACACGAUCGAGCUCAACGUUGGGUCCCAAAGAGUGCAGGACGCAGGGCGUGGCUACUUUUCCUGCCCCGCCGCUGACACCACAGCAAGUGCAUCAGCGCCAUCAGAGGGUGUAACCUGGUCGACGAGGUGCUGUACGAGCACUACGAGCGACAAUUCGAAACCCUAG